CGGCGCGCUUCGCGGUCCUCCCUCGCUCGGCUCCUAUGCUCAUAUUUGGACUCGGCCUCCCGUGCCCAGGAAUUUCCCGUCAUGCCUCCCGCCGCCCCGUCUGUCGCCCGGAGCCGGGAGGGAGGAGGGAGGCGGACAGCGGCGGCUGCUCGUCUGCCCCGGAGUGUGCGGCGGACCCUCCCGCGCCCUCUCGCGCUCUACCUCUGUCUCUGCCUGGCUACGGCCGCGGCCAGCACACUGCCCGCUUUUGCCCCUGGUUUUGCGUCUCGGUUUGUUGCUGAAGAUAUCACAGUGAUGUCUGCAUUCAACCUGCUGCAUUUGGUGACAAAGAGCCAGCCAGUGGCCCUGCGAGCCUGUGGGCUUCCCUCAGGGUCAUGUCGGGAUAAAAAGAACUGUAAGGUGGCCUUUUCCCAGGAGGAACUGAGGAAGCGGCUGACACCCCUGCAGUACCAUGUCACUCAGGAGAAAGGAACUGAAAGUGCCUUUGAAGGAGAAUACACACACCACAAAGAUCCUGGAAUAUACAAAUGUGUUGUUUGUGGAACACCAUUGUUCAAGUCAGAAACCAAAUAUGACUCUGGUUCAGGUUGGCCUUCCUUUCAUGACGUGAUCAGCUCUGAGGCCAUCGAGUUCACAGACGAUUUUUCCUAUGGGAUGCACAGAGUGGAGACAAGCUGCUCCCAGUGUGGUGCUCAUCUUGGACACAUUUUUGAUGAUGGACCUCGUCCGACCGGCAAAAGAUACUGCAUCAAUUCAGCCUCCUUGUCUUUCACUCCCACAGACAGCAGUGAGGCAGAAGGAGGCAGCGGCAGAGCUAGCAGCGGCAGAGCUAGCAGCAGCCCGGCAUCGGCAGACAGAGCAGAGCUGUAGAAUCCAGGAGCCUGGUGGGAACAAAGGGUCUUAGUGCACAGCUGAUUGAAAAACCAAAAAUGGUUCAUCUUAACAGAGUUAUUUUUUCAGAAGCUAUAAGGGCAAUUUAUGUUAUUGAAAUUGUUCUCUCUCUCUCUCUCUCUCUCUCUCUCUCUCUCUCUCUCUCUCUCUCUCUCUCUCUCUCUCUCUCUCUCUCUCUCUCUCUCCAGAAGUUCUGUCUACCCAUGUAUUCUGCUGUUGACUAGAUCAUGAUCUGUGUGGAGGUCUUGCAAAUGGCGAUAGCUUUGUGGAGCUUUUCCACAAGCUUCUGGGCAGCCUUGGCAUUGUUUUCUUUCAGCAUAUAACUUCCUUUAGUUUUGAUGUGGGCUCACCCCUUCUUACUAAGCGGUGGAGGCUGUUUGGUCUUCUAAGGAGAAACCGGAGUUUUCCUGGUGCUCAGGGGCAGGGAGCAGAGCUGGGAAGGGCAGAGCAUCCAGACACGUGGCCUUAUGAUAAAGAUGGAAGGAUGUCUUCGAUUCCUAAACUCUUUGGAAACUCUGAGCUAAGGUGUUUUUCUCACUAAAAGGGUGUGAAGGUCUAAAGUCGUUCCUUAUGUUAGAUUGUUGCCAGAUCCGAGAGGGUUCUGAGGGUUGCCGCAGAGAUGUAAACAUUACCUCGUGGGCAGGUCCUUAUUUUAUAUGAUUUUCCUUUGAAAAUAGAGGAAUGUAAGACAACUGUAAAGUGCUGCACCCUGUUUUUGCCCACAGCUCACAAAGGAUGCUUGCCCGUUGCCUUUGUAUAAGCGUUUCUUUCCACCCCUUAUGAGACCUACAUCUGGGUGAACGUUUUAGAAGAUUCCCCAGUGCAAAAUAAAAUAUUAGGGACAACGUACUUCAUGGAGGUGGUAGAAAAGAGAAAGAUCGUAGAAGACCAAGUGUUCUUAAAGCCUUGAGGACUAAAUAAUCCCAUGCUGUGCAAAACGGUCAAUAGGAUCUAACAGGUACCACACCUAAACCAAACUUCUACAUAGCAUCAGGAGGCCUGUGGGAAGAUGCUGGGCAUUGAGACAGAAUAGUCAGGCCCAAGUUCCACACUUCACUGUGUGUACAAGGGACAAGCCAUUUAGCCUCAUUGUGCCUAUAGCUUCAUGUACACAAUAGGACUCAUAUUUAUAAAAUAUAUCAAUACUCUCAGGGCAAAAUUACUAUGUUGCUAUACAAUUAGGAUCAGUAUUGUAAAGUCACACUGAUCUGGUUUAAUUGUGUUAAUGGCCAUAGAGCAGGCAUUCGCAAUGGGAAGGAGCAGAGGUGGACUCGGUUGGUUGCUGUGGAAACAGAUGGACCAAAACCCACACUUUUUUCUUACAGCAAUAUGGCAGGUUUUGCUUAGAGAGGCUCUGCAUGGUUGCCUGAGGUUUUCACAGGGACAAACAAAGGUGGUAUCUCACAAAUAUGCAUCGUGACUUUGAAUGCUGAUACUGAAAUUCGCCUCUAAUACUCAUGUUUCUAAAUUUCUAUGAAGACCAGCAUCUUUCUUCAUAAGCACUGAAGACAAUGAGAAGGGACAUAUGACAGUCCUAGACACAGUAAACAUGAAAAACUGGGACAAGGAGACAUGGGAACACCAUGUCCGGAAGCUUCUGGGCUUCUCUGGGUACCCCCUGGAGGUCCUGGCAUCCUGGUGAGUCUUCAUUGUCAGACAGUUCUAGAGAAGUUUAUGCUCUUAACAUGGACACACAGAAAAGUUACCUGAACAUCACCCUAAGCCCAGGGCUUCCCCAGACUUGAUGGGCUUCCCUCUUCUCUAGAAACAAGAGGGGGAAUGAAGACAAAGCAUUCAGACUACAGUAAGAGGCUUUCCAAAACCACGAAGGAUCCCAUGUAGGGUGGCUAAGGACAGACACGGGUCUCACAUGGCAUUGACACAGCUUAACAUUCAUCCUCCAGACACACACAGCCCUUUCUGUCCACUCCCAUCUGUGUGGUGGCCUCCCCAGGGUUCCUUGGAUAUGAGCCACAGUGUUGGAGCAGACAGAGAGGAUAAAUGAGGAGCUCCUUCCUCCCCAGAGACUCUGGGUUGUUACUCUUCCUUCAUUUUUAUAGUACGAUAGCAUUACACACACACACACACACACACACACACACACACACACACACACACACGCACAUACACCGUAAUAAUAAGAACUUUGCUUUCUAACUUUUAUUGUUUUGUUUUUUAAAAAAGUCAGCUUUUUCCAGCACCAACUUUUAAAAAUAUAUAAUAUCCAUUGAAAGAAAAAAGAAAGGAAGGAAGAUGUGUGCAUACGGUUUAAUCUCAGACUGCUUUUUGAACUUAAGUGGUAUCAAAUUUCAGUGUAUUCCUGUCUUAUGCUAAAGAAAUAUAUUGCUAAAGUAUCGGUGGGCAAUAAUGUCAGCCGUCGAGCGCCAGAUUUCCUUUCAAAGGAACUGUGCAGGGAACUGUGGCAAUGUGGUGAGGUGUGCGUGUCAUCUGUGGGAGGGCUCACUUAACACGGGAUGCACAGGCCUCCCUGUCUGCAUCCCCAGCUCCAAUGACACCAUUGAGCAACCAGAGAUUUGCUGGUAGGCAGGGAGUGUGUCCAUAUGAGGAUGCCGAGGAGAUCAGAAAGAGGCAGCAGUAUCAAUUGUAUGCAGUGCACUUAAACUUUUCGCUUCUAUGUACUUAAAAAUCUCAAUACAAAUGGCAUAAUGAUUGGAACAAAGCCUCCCCAUGUUGUCUAAAAUGUCUUGCUUUUGAUAUGAAGAGCGACAAGAAUUAGCACCAUUUGUUUUGACUCUUGACUUAGAAGGCUUUUUUAACAACUUUUCUCCAAUAGUUUGAAACUUUUGAAAAGUGACAUGAAACCUCCUUUUCCUAUAUUUGUUGUAUACAGAAAUUAGAUAAUAAAGUUUCUUU